UCCCAAAUCAGGUUUCUUUUAAAUCAUAGUUAUGUAACAAAGAAAACAGAUCAAUAAACAAGAAUAUCAAUGAUGGCACCAAUUAUGAGAUCUGUUCUCGUUGCGCUUGUGCUGGCUCUCCUUAUUGGUUGUCAUUUACUGGCAGCUUUGGCACUGCCAAACUCAGCAAAGACGGCAGCAUUUGACGAUCAUCAUCGUGGCGAUGAAUCCCUCCGCCCGACGACAAGAUGGCUUUUGCAGAAGACUGAUACCUGCCUUCGAUUCUGUAACAGUACAGAUGAUUUCUGCAAUGGCGCAUGUGAACCAAUCCCAAAAAACGUACUUCCGAUACUUAGUAAAUUGAUUAAUGAAUUACCAGUUCCUGAUACUGUUUUUCCUUCAAACACCGACACAGUUUGCGUGGACGUGCCUAGUUCGCCCUAUCUGUGAGAAGAUUGUUAUUAACUCUGGGUGUGGCACUUGAUCGCCUUGCCGUGGAUCUGGCUUCCGCUAUCUGUCUGCUUAUUUCAAGGUUUUAAAUAUAUCUUCUGAGUAUGAAUUCUAUGUUUAUCCGACAGAAUACAUGGAAAUUGAAAAAAACACACAAGCAUACAUGAACGUGCAUGUGUGAGGUUGUCGUACGUUGUUAUAAUGUUGUAUUUUAAUAAACACAAUUACAUACCUGUGC